UAUGUACAUCCGUAUAAUUCUUCUAUUAUUGGAAAAAUGACGUUUAAACUAAAAGGGAGAGCUUUGGAAACUGGUAAAGAGUUGAUUGAGGAUCUUGUACGUGAGUAUAAACGAAAACCAGUUGAAAUGGAGUCCGUGGACGUUCUACCCAAGCUGAUUCCUGUCUCAGCGAUUUCAAGCAAUCAUUUCAAAGAACUAAUGGCACAUGUAACUCCAGCUAAAAAGAUCCUGCCUCAUCGAAAAAUGAUCGUGUAUGACUUGGGACUAAGUCAACAAGAAAUCGACCACCUGAAGAGCAUAUCACACAUAGAAUAUAGAAAAUUUAACUUCUCUAGAUUCCCCGAAUAUGUCAAAGAUCUGCAUACGUAUGCAUUUAAACCGCUCAUUAUCGCAGAAAUGCUUGCCCAGUUUGGCGGAGUGUUGUGGAUGGAUGCCUCAGUCAUCUUCGGUAGAAAUUACUCAUACCAAUUCCUUUUGCAACGAAUGGUUAAGCAGAGGUCAGGAUUUUUAUUCUACCUUUCUGAUGCUCGUAAGCAUCACUCCAUUUUAUUUGCUACCCACAAACACAUGUUUGACUACUUACCAAUGAAGGGAGAAAAGGAGAAGAAAGCGAACAUGCCUCAAGCUACUGGCAUGAUAUUAUUCAACACGAAAUACGUGAUAAAACAUGUGAUGAAAUGGGUCAUAUUAUGCAGUCUGAUAGAGGACUGUAUUGCACCCAAAGGCGCUCGGCUAAAAUGCGAUUUUUCUUCCCCUGAUAGAUAUAAUAGGUUUGGAGGAUGCCAUCGGUACGAUCAAUCUUUGUUUUCAAUCGUUGUUUCAAACGCUUACAAUGAUCAACCGCACAUGUAUCGCUUGAAUUCUGGGGAGUAUCCUGCUCGCGUAAGAAAAAGGGUGUAA